AUUCCUAAACGCGCGUACUGUUCGGUUCAGCGUUUUCAUUGGGAAAUAACGUGGGGAAGCCAGCUGCACCGGUACACACAACAUGCAGGAGGACUCUAUUCGCAGCCCCAGCUACACGUCCCUUCGUCUCGGGUACCCCUGCCUCCCUUCUGGCCUACGGUGGAAACCAGUAUGUGGUGGUGGGCACCUGUCUCUUCCAGGAGGAAGAUAUGGAGGUGGAGGGAGUUGAAUUCAAUGUUCUUCGAGCUUUUCAUCAUGAAUUGCGUGUUGACGCACUGGCAUGGAGCCCUGAGUCUCGGCUGGACGGGAUACCAAAUAUCAGACUGUGCACGGCGGCAGCGGACAGAAAACUGCGCCUGCUGACUUCUGAUCUUCAGGAUAGGCACGAAGUCAAGGUGAUGCAGGGCCACUCCAGCUACAUCAACCAUUUGGUGUUUGAGCCCACAGAGGGGAAACAAAUAGCUUCCGUCAGCGAUGACCACACUUGCAGAGUCUGGGACCUAGAUGGAAACGAGACCUCCGUUCUCAGGCUUCGCUCUCCCGGCGUCAGUGUGUGCUGGCACCCAGAGGAAGUCUUUAAGUUAAUGGUGGCCGAGAAGAAGGGGACCAUCCGCUUCUACGACCUGGUCACCCAGGAGGCCAUCCUGUCCCUGGACUGCAGCCCGCUCAUGUCGGCCGACUGGUGCCUGACCAACACCAUAAAAGUGGGCGCGGUGGCGGGCAACGACUGGCUCAUCUGGGACAUAACGCGCUCCAGCUACCCGCAGGAGAAAAGGCCCGCCCACAAAGACAAAGCCCGGCUUUUCAAGUGGUCCCGGGCCAACGAAAACCUCUUCGCCACCACCGGAUGUCCGGGGAAGAUCAACAGUCAAGUGAUCAUCCACCAUCUCGGGCACCCGCAGCCCGUGAUGAUGGGAUCGGCCCCCGUGGGGUCGGGCCUCAGCUGGCACCGGACGCUGCCCCUCUGCGUGGUCGGCGGAGACAGAAAGCUGUGCUUCUGGAUGACCGAAAUGUAGCGCUGCAGUCGAAUUUCCAAUAAAGUUUUCUUUCGUUUUUUUUCC